GCGCGGGACGGCGUCGGGCGUGCAUCGAACUGCAGCUCCGUGACAUAUGUUUGUCGAGCCGACAAUGGCAGCGAUGACGAUUCAUCGUCCCUCUAUAUAAACACCUCUGCCUACCUCCCACUCUUGGAGUACCAUUGUACAUCCAAUCUACCUCUGCACCUGAAAGCGACAGCCUACAACCGCACCACCAAACCCAUCCUCCACCAUGGCCACCAUCUUCGCCCGUCGACCGCUGCUAACAACAGCAACAACCCUCUCCGUCGCCGCCUCAGCCUACUACAUCACCCGCCCCCGGCCCCUCCUCCUCGACUCCGCCUCCAAUGCAGCAACCCCCACCCUCUCCUUCCCCAAAACCAUGCUCUUCUCCAAACAACUCACCCUCACAAGCGUCGAGCAAAUCAACCACGACACCAAAAAGCUCACCUUCGCACUGCCAGGCGGACAGAAAGAAGUCAGCGGCGUCACCCCCGGCGGCGCAAUCCUCACCCAACACACCCCCUCAGGAGCCUGGUUCCCCGUCUUCCGCCCUUACACUCCCAUCCACGAUCUCGAUGAGCGCGGCGUGCUGCAGCUGCUGGUGAAGAAAUACCCCAAUGGCAAAGCCUCGUCCCACAUCCACUCGCUCGCUCCAGGCGAUCAGUUGACCGUGCGCGGUCCAAUACCAGGCAAUGCGUGGACGACCCCGGCGCAGCAAAAAGACGUCCUCCUCAUCGCUGGCGGAGCAGGCAUCACGCCCAUCUACAGCCUAACAAAAGGCAUCCUCUCCAACCCCGCCGACAAAACGCGCAUCCAGCUCCUCUGGGGCGUCAACGGGCCCCGAGAUAUCGUGCUGCAAACCGAACUCGACGCGCUGGAGAAGCAGUACCCCGGGCGAUUGGAAGUGACGUACGCCGUUUCUGGACCUGAUGCGGAGAGCGUGGUGGAUGGCGGCAAGUUCCGCAAGGGGUAUGUGGAUCAGUCGCUGCUGGCGGAGGCGAUGGAGAAGUGUCGGCGCGGAGGGGCGUUUGGGGAUGAGAAGGGGAAGAAAGUGUUUCUAUGUGGGCCGCCGAAGAUGGAGGAUGCGCUGGUGGGAAAGCAGGGGGUGUUGCAGGCUUUGGGGCUGCAGAAGAAGGAAAUCCAUCGCUUUUAGUCAGAGGGGACACGGGAUGGGAUGUGAUUAAUUAGCGAGGCGCCGAGGCUGGAGUGCUCCAUGUACAGAUUU